CGGAUGUAGCUUUCUCAACAGCAGCACGAGUGAUAGCGACUUCGGCGCGUCUGCCACCAGCGCCAGACGCGUCUCUUCCUUUUCCGUGCUGGCCGCUGCCUUCAGGGGGGGGGAGCGCGCGGCGCCCCCUCCUCCUCAUCCUCCUCCUCUUCCCCCUUCCUCGCUUUUUUCUUCUGCUUCUUUGCGGGCCCCGUCUGAGUUUCGCCCACCACCGGAGCAGCAACAAGCGGAGGAGCAAGUCUCCCCCCUUCGACAGCGGCAACACCAAGCUUUUCCUCCGCAGGAGCAGCAGCAGCAACAGGAGGGGGUAGUCGCUUCUCCUUUUGACGGCGUAUUGCCGCUGCAGCUAGAGGCUUACCAGGACAUGCUUCACGUGCAGGACAAGGCCUCUUCCUCUACUACCUCGGCGUCUACAGGGAUCCAGGAGUGGCUGCCUCGUAGUCAUAACGGGGAAGCUGAAGAAGAAGGCGCGCUGCCUACUUCUCGCAGUAAGAGACAUCCGCGCUUGUCUGCGGCUGCGAACCGUGGCAAGUUUGCUGCGGAUCCUUAUCGACAAGGAGCAGGAGGAGCAGGGGGAAAAAAGCGAGGAGGAGGAGCAGCAGCAACAGCACUACCCAGAAUGAGUACAGGCCCGUCUUCUUCGACAGGCAGCAGGAAACCCACGCUUCCGGGGGCAACGGCCGCUGCUGCCGCUGCUGCUGGAAGAAGCGCUGAUGUGGCUGCUGCUGCUGCUGCUGCCUCUUUGACGGGAAAUGGAGGAAGAAGGAGCGCCGCUGCUGCUGCUGCACCAUUAGACAGCGAAGAUGAAGAAGAAGCGGAAGGUGGGGUCCACGCUGCUGAUGACAGCAAUGGAAAUGCCGGCUACCAGGCCCUUCAAAAUGCGCUUGCAUGCGUCGUGGCUUCAGGCCGGAGCGCUGAGCUCCUCGUGUGGGGGGUCAAGUGCUUUAUAGAGAAAGAUUUUCCCUGCAUCUACAAGCCGGGACGCACGCUUACGGGUCUAGAGGUCUCCUCGGACAUACCAUCAAAGAGCAUUGCGUCUGUAGAGGCUGAGGCGCCAUGUACAUGUGGGGCAGGACUGCAGCGGAGGGCGAAUACGGGUGAAGUUUCUGGAGGGAAGGAAGAAGCGGCGGCGGUCACGUGCAGUGGGGAGAGCCUGUUGUUCCAGCAACAGAGCACCAUGCCAGACAGCGGCAGCAAAGCUGGAGGAAGCAGCAGUGGAAGCAGCAGCACAGAGGGGGGGGCCGGCUUGUGCGACAGCUGCAGCGCCCAGCGCAGCAGUGUCACCGCAGCUACCCCUGAGUGCUGCUGCUGCAGCAACGGCAGCUGCCUGGGCAGACAGGUAGUCGUGGUUUCGGUAGAAGGUCAUCGCCAGCGGGAUAGAAGAGUACUCAAGUGGGUACGACAUAACUUGCUGCGCGCAGGAGAUGUGGUCGUUCUCAUUACUGCGUGGGAGCGAGCAGAGGAGCCCAAGUACCUACGCGUUCCUGGCAUGAUUUUGAGUUCGAGCGUGGACGCGUCUACUUACAACCUCACUAUGGCUACCCGUCUUACCAGCCGCGUAAAGCAGCUGGGUGCUGCGCUGCUGGCUGACUGUCGGGUCUACCCGCUGGUGGUGCCUCUCGCUGUAUUGAAUCGCUACGCCGCCGAUCGUGUGAUCCAGCCGCGGCCUCAGCAGAUAGAUAUACUCGCCCUCAUUCUGGGUGCUAUUCGGAGGCUGGUAUGA